AUGUUAUUAACGACUUUGACAAUUUUAGGUCCAGGCGAAACUGAGACUCACAUCUCUAUCAAAAGUAAUGCCACUUCAAGUAAGUUAAAAAGAAAGAUCCUAAGGCUUUUAAAUAUAGACGACGUUGUUAUGAUGCACAAUGGCAAUGGAAUAAUGCCAAAUAACGUCGACACUCUUCAGCAACUUGGAAUUAAUGAUAAUGAUACACUCAAUAUUCACCCUGUCGCAGCGCCUCGAUCAAGACCUGAAGAAUCGAAAACUCCUUUGAUUUCUUUGAUAAUCAUAGACUUGAAUCAAAAUGAAAUCAGUAUUAAUGCAAAUCCAGAAUGGAGAUUUCAAGAACUUUGGAAUGAAAUAAAAAGAAAAGGAGUAAAUCUCAAUGAUAAUGAUAGAUUAUUAUAUGAUAGUUAUUUCAUUAGUCUUGAAAAGUACAGUGAAAUACUUGUCAAGAAAAUGCAAUUUAAAAGCAAAGGUACUUUGAGGGUUUUAGACCAUUUGAAAGGAGGAGAUUUUGUCUGCUUUUAUAUACCAUAUAAGUAA